CACGUGUUUCACUGGGACAAUAGUGAGUGGUGCACACUUCCUUCGCCCGGCCACAGAAGACAAAAAAGAGUUGCUGGUGUAACAAUAGGAAGAAUAUAUUCCACUCCUCUCUUGUACACGCGGCUUAUGAGAUGAACGCUCGUCAAGAAGAACGUCCCCUUCAGCAGCAGGAGGAUCCACAGCCCCCCCACAUUAAAGAGGAAGAGGAGGAAGUGUGGAUGAGUCAGGAGGGAGAGUGUCCUGUAGGGCAGGAGGAGGCUGAUGUCAGCAAGUUUCCACUGACUGUUGUCUCUGUGAAGACUGAAGAGCAUGAAGACAAACCACCUGAGUCCUCACAGCUUCAUCACAGUCCAAACGUCCAGCAGGUGUCAGCAGAGAGUCAUGAAGAGAUUCCCUCCAAGCAGCAGGAGUGGAGCUCCAGUGUGGGACAGAAGGAGCUACAGGCCCCCUCCCACAUUAAAGAGGAAGAGGAGGAACUGUGGAAGCAGCUUCAAAGGUUGGUGGAGGAUAAUGAUGAAGAUGAAGCUCAGUCCUUACAGCUUCAUCACAGUCAAAGUGAGGAGAACAGAGGGGCGGAGCUUGUAAGUCAACACAUCACAGAAGGUGAUGGAGAGCAUUGUGAAGAUAUAAAGUCGGAACCAGACAGCAUCUUUGCUCCACUGUCAGACAUGGACCACAUGAUGUCACACUCUUCUGAUCACAGUGACCACAUUCAAGAACCUUUGGAGAGUAAAAAUGACUCUAAAGGUGAUACGAGACAUCACACUAACAACAAAGACUCUGACUGCUCUGAAUGUGGGAAAUCAUUUAGACUGAAGAGUGAUUUUACAAGACACAUGAGAAUACAUACUGGAGAGAAACCUUUUACUUGCUCUGUUUGUAAGAAAAGUUUCUCCACAAAGCAACACAUGACCACACACAUGAGAACACACACCGGAGAGAAACCUUUUACUUGCUCUGUUUGUAAGAAGAGUUUCUCCGUUAAGCCUGCCAUGACCAGACACAUGAGAACACACACUGGAGAGAAACUUUUUACUUGCUCUCUUUGUAAGAAGAAUUUCUCCAGAAAGUCUAACAUGACCGAACACAUGAGAACACAUACUGGAGAGAAACCUUUUACUUGCUCUGUUUGUAAGAAGCGUUUCUCCACAAAGCAGCAUAUGAUCACACACAUGCAAACACAUACUGGAGAGAAACCUUUUACUUGCUCUGUUUGUAAUAAGUGUUUUUCCAGAAACCCUGACAUCUCCAUACACAUGAGAACACACACUGGAGAGAAACCUUUUACUUGCUCUGUUUGUCAGAAGAGUUUCUCCACAAAGUCUAACAUGACCUCACACAUGAGAACACAUACUGGAGAGAAACCUUUUACUUGCUCUGUUUGUAAGAAGACUUUCUCCACAAAGCCUAAGAUGUCCGCACACAUGAGAACACAUACUGGCGAGAAACCUUUUACUUGCCCUGUUUGUAAGAAGCAUUUCUCCACAAAGCUUGUCAUGACCAGACACAUGAGAACACACACUGGAGAGAAACCAUUUAGUUGCAAUGUGUGUGAUAAGAUGUUCCGGCAUAAGUGUCAGGACAGUAAACACAAGUGUGUAACAGUCAUGGAAGCUAUUAAAGAGGAAGAGGAGGAAGUGUGGAUGAGUCAGGAGGGAGAGUGUCCUGUAGGGCAGGAGGAGGCUGAUGUCAGCAAGUUUCCACUGACUGUUGUCUCUGUGAAGACUGAAGAGCAUGAAGACAAACCACCUGAGUCCUCACAGCUUCAUCACAGUCCAAACGUCCAGCAGGUGUCAGCAGAGAGUCAUGAAGAGAUUCCCUCCAAGCAGCAGGAGUGGAGCUCCAGUGUGGGACAGAAGAAGCUCGAGCCCACUCAUAUAGAGGAAGAAGAGGAACUGUGGGAGCAGCUUCCAAGGUUGGAGGAGGUUAAUGACGAAGAUGAUAUAAAGUCAGAACCAGACAGCAUCUUUGCUCCACUGUCAGACAUGGACCACAUGAUGUCAGACUCUUCUGAUCACAGUGACCACAUCCAAAAACCUUUGAAGAGUAAAAAUGACUCUGAAGGUGAUACGAGACAUCAAAAUAACAGCAAACACUUUGACUGCUCUGAAUGUGAAAAAUCUUUUAGACAUAAGAGUAAUUUUACAGUACACAUGAGAACACAUACUGGAGAGAAACCUUAUACUUGCCCUGUUUGUAAGAAGAGUUUCUCCAGAAAGCAAUACAUGACCACACACAUGACAAUACAUACUGGAGAGAAACCUUUUACUUGCUCUGUUUGUAAGAAGAGUUUCCCCAGAAAGAAUGACAUGACCACACACAUGAGAACACAUACUGGAGAGAAACCUUUUGCUUGCUCAAUUUGUGCUAAAAGAUUCAACGCUAAGAGUGUCAUGAUAUUACACAUGAAAACACACACAGGUGAGAAACCUUUCACUUGCUCUGUCUGUAAGAAGAGUUUCAUCAGUAAGCAUCACAUGACCACACACAUGAGAACACACACUGGAGAGAAACCUUUUACUUGCUCCGUCUGUGAGAAGAGUUUCUCCUCAAAGCCAAACAUGACCACACACAUGAGAACACACACUGGAGAGAAACCUUUUACUUGCUCUGCUUGUUUGAAGAGUUUCUCCAGAAAGAUUGUCAUGAUCACACACAUGAGAACACAUACUGGAGAGAAACCUUUUAUUUGCUCUGUUUGUAAGAAGAGUUUCUCCAGAAAGCAACACAUGACCACACACAUGAGGACACACACUGGUGAGAAACCUUUUCCUUGCUCUGUUUGUAAGAAGAGUUUCUCCAUGAAGCCUGACAUGACCACACACAUGAGAAUACAUACUGGAGAGAAACCUUUUACUUGCCCUGUUUGCAAGAAGAGUUUCUCCAGAAAGCAAUACAUGACCACACACAUGAGAACACACACUGGAGAGAAACCGAUUGUGUGAUAAAACAUUCAGGUUUAAGUAUCAGGUCAGUAAUUACAAGUGUGUAACAGUCAUGGAAGCUGCAGGGAUUUAAAAACACUUAUAAACAGUGAUUGUGCUAAAUGUACUUUAAAAACACAGCAUGAUUAAUAUGAACGUAUAUUUUAUGUUCAAUGUUGUGCUUCUUAUCUUCUACUCUUAUAUGUUGUCCUGGAAUGACUUUUUAAGUUGUGUGCAUUUAUUGAAUAUUAUAAAUGUUUCUAAAUUUUUAUUCUAAUUUCCCAUUGUUAAAGAGAGGUCAUAUUUCUUUAUUUAUUUUUUUCACACAUUUGUUCCAUUGCAUUUUAUUGAUGUUAUUCUCCAAUUAAAAGUACGAAUUAAUAAAAUUGUU